AGUGGCCACACAUUGCACUCCGUGUUUGGGCUCCUCUGGAGCUGUCACAGGUUCCGUGUCUGUUCCCCCACAGCCUCAAAACGAUUCCACUUGUUAUGGGAAAACCUGGAUCCACAAGGAAGUGCUGGAGGAGAUAAAUGCCUGACAAGGGGAACUAUUAAAGCUUAAAAGAAAAUGCAAGCUCUGUGAAAUCCAGCACGGAGCCAGGAUCUGCAGCCUUGGAUUAGAGCGGUGACCAUAAAAGCGUCGUGUGCCGUAUUGGGCUUUCACAAUCCGGGAUACUGGAGCCCUCAUGGUUUGCUUCACUUUGAUUGGAGGGUGAUUUAAUGGUUUGCAUUGGAAAACAAAGGUUUGCAGCUAAUCAGACAUGGAAGAAAAUGAAGGAGCMGAUAUUUUGGAAACCAGCUCUGUCUCUAAUGGUCCUUGGUGCAAGGCACCAGUAACAGAUGUGCAAUUUGGCCCUAUGAGACUUCAUCGAGAUCAACUUCAGGUACUUUUGGUGUUUGCUGAGGAGGAUGAGCAGAGCCAGGGCUUCCUSUGGGCGUGUGACAAGGCAGGGUUUCGGUGGAACAUCACCAGGAGCCCCCAGGCUGCCCUCGAGUGCUUUCUGGAGAAACACCACGACAUCAUCAUCAUUGACCACAGACAKUCCAGGUUCUUUGAUGCAGAGGCCUUGUGCAGGUCUAUCAGAACAACGAAAGCCUCAGAAAAUACAGUCAUUAUUUGUGUAGUACAAAGGCACUGUGAUCGUGAGGAGUCAUCAAUAUUGCCCCUGAUCUCKGCAGGAUUCACCAGGAGAUAUGUAGAAAAUUCCAGUAGAAUGGCCUGUUACAAUGAGCUGAUCCAGCUGGAAUUUGGACAGGUGCAGGCACAAUUCAAACUAAGGGCAUGUAAUUCAUUAUUCACAGCAUUAGAGAAAAGUCAAGAAGCCAUUGAGAUCACAAGUGAAGACCAYGUAAUACAGUACGUCAAUCCUGCAUUUGAAACAAUGAUGGGCUAUCAAAUAGGUGAACUGAUAGAAAAGGAAUUAACAGAAGUGCCUCUAAAUGAAAAAAAAGCUGAUUUCCUAGAUACCAUUAAUUCCUGCAUCAAGAUAGGAAAGGAAUGGCAAGGAAUGUACUAUGCGAAAAAGAAAAAUGGAGAUAGCAUACAACAAAAUGUGAAGAUAUUACCUGUCAUUGGRCAGGGAGGAAAGAUUAGACACUAUGUGUCAAUUAGUAGAGUGUGCAAUGACAACAAUAAGGUGGAGAAGACGUGUGAAUGUAUUCAGGCUGAAUCUCAGACAGAUCCUCAGACGUGCAGACACAAAGACAUGAGGAAAGGAUCCCUGGAUGUCAGAUCCACAACAUCUCGAGGCAGUGAUGGCAGCUCCCAGCGCCGCCGCUCCUCCAUGGCCAGGGUCCACUCCAUGACCAUCGAGGCACCCAUCACCAAGGUAAUAAACAUCAUCAAUGCUGCCCAAGAAAGCAGUCCCUUGCCWGUUGCAGAAGCUUUAGACCGGGCUUUGGAGAUUUUGAGAACCACUGAGUUGUACUCUCCACAACUGGGGACCAAGGAUGAGGAUCCACACACGAGUGACCUUGUUGGAGGGUUGAUGACAGAUGGUUUACGAAGAUUAUCAGGGAACGAAUACAUCCUGUCAGCAAAACAAACCCAUCAGGUCYCUGGCAGUGUGAGCUCCCCCAUCUCCCUCAGUGACAUUCCCCCUCGGAUAACACAGGCCAUGGAAAAUGAGGAGCAGUGGGAUUUUGACAUCUUUGAACUUGAGGCUGCCACCCACAAAAGGCCUUUGGUUUAUCUGGGUCUCAAAAUAUUUGCUCGYUUUGGGAUCUGUGAAUUCCUGAACUGUUCAGAAUCCACUCUGAGGUCCUGGCUGCAAGUUAUUGAGGCCAAUUACCAUUCCUCCAACUCCUACCACAAUUCCACCCAUUCAGCAGAUGUGCUACACGCCACUGCUUACUUCUUGUCCAAAGAAAGAGUAAAGCAAACCUUGGAUCCCAUUGACGAGGUUGCUGCCCUGAUUGCUGCCACGGUGCACGACGUGGAUCACCCAGGCAGGACCAACUCGUUCCUGUGCAACGCUGGCAGCGAGCUGGCCAUCCUGUACAACGACACGGCCGUGCUGGAGAGCCACCACGCUGCCCUGGCCUUCCAGAUCACCACUCGUGAUGGCAAAUGCAACAUCUUCMAAAACAUGGAGAGGAAUGAGUAUCGAACCCUUCGCCAGGUCAUCAUUGACAUGGUCCUAGCAACAGAAAUGACAAAGCACUUUGAGCACGUCAACAAGUUUGUCAACAGCAUUAAUAAACCCUUGGCAGCACUAGAAGAAAAYGGGAAUAAUGGUGAUGGAGAGUCAAUCAAAACUGUUCUCAGGUCCCCGGAAAACCGAAUCCUCAUCAAGCGCAUGUUGAUAAAGUGUGCUGACAUUUCCAACCCCUGCAGACCCCGAGAGCAGUGCAUCGAGUGGGCUGGCCGCAUCUCUGAGGAGUACUUUGCACAGACUGAUGAAGAAAGAAGGCAAGGUUUACCUGUUGUGAUGCCAGUUUUUGACAGAAAUACUUGCAGCAUCCCCAAAUCCCAAUUAUCAUUCAUCGAUUACUUCAUUAUUGAUAUGUUUGAUGCCUGGGAUGCAUUUGCAGACCUGCCAAACCUGAUGGAGCAUCUGAAUAACAACAUCAAAUACUGGAAAGGACUGGAUGGGAGGAACCUGCGAGCCCUGCGGCCGCCACCAGAGUAGCAGUUGGGYCAUGGUGUGGAAUUUACUGCCCAGAUGCACAUUUAUUCCAGCUCACUUUGCUCCAUGUGGAUUCAGAUCUGUUUUGGUCUCUUCAGUGUUACAGCCAAGCUGUGCAUUGGGGAACUCUCACAGUCAGGAGAACACGAGGUCAGCAUUGAAUUCACCGAGUGGGGAUUGGAGGAAAUAACCCACGAGUGGAAUUACACUGGAUUGCUGCAGCACUCCACUGGAGAGGGUUUGUCAGUGAAAUUUCUGCCAUAUCUUCACACCAGCACGGGAAGCUGGAACACCUUGAAGAAUCCUCGGAAAAAGGACAUUCACUAGAAGUUUAUCUAUUAMUAGAGACUCACAGCUUUUAUCAGAAAGCUGCAUGCUUUUUAUAAGCACUUAAGACAGUGACGUAGAACAAUCAGACAUUUAAAAUGCAACUGUCUAUGAAAGAAUUUUUGAUCUAUGAAAAAUAGAUGUACUGUAUUUUUUCACAUCACAGAAGGUGCAAUCAUUCACUUCUGAGCACUACUGAAAGUGAGUUCUCCUUAAGAAAUUUAGUAGCAAAUGUAAAAAAUAACACGAGAAUUUUUGAGGUUGAUCGUUAGCAUCUAUGAUUAAAAUGUUAUGUUUUAUUUAUUUUGUUAGAUGUUCAAUAUUUUCUAUGAAUUUAUAAAUACUUAAAAGCCAAAGCCAACUUUAGAUGCAUUAUAAAUUUACAUGAUUCAUACUCAUUAAUAUACAUUUAAUUGAUGUACAGACCUUUUAUUUUCAUAAUGCAAAUACAAAAUACUAUACAAUGAUACAUUUUUAUUGCACUGUAAGGAUAGAUGUGUAUGUUUAAAUAUUGUCUGAUUUAUGUUAAUUAAAAUAAGUUUUAUUAAAAAGGUCUCACUUGAGAAUAGUAGAAUAAACARGAACUGUAUACUGUCUGAGCACCAGAACUGCAGCAGUUCUCCCACAAACCAGUGAGGAGCACCUGAUCUUCUCUUGGCUGCAAAAAUAAUAAUGUGGUGGAACUCUGUUUUCUCCCAAGACAUUUUAUGACUGAAUUCCCUGUUAAAAUCUGCCUUAUUUUAUAUCGUAUUUCUACAAAGCAUUCCACAGCAUAUAUGAAGAGGUGAUACUAAGCAUCUAAUGAAUUUCAACAUUUUAUAGCCAGUGUAUUUUCCUCUGCCAUAAAAGAAAAAGAACAGAAAACCACCAACAAAAACCUUUAACUGAAGAAGUUUGUAAAGGCUGUACSUUCACAAUUUGAAUGAAACCUUCAUAGCAGCUACCAGAAAAUAAUAAAAUGUAUAUUUUAAGAAGU